AUGGUUCUAACAGCGAGUCAGCAGCAGCAUUUAGACAGCACGGGGCCCAUCCCUGCGCCUCCCCAGGCUUCGUCAUCAAGCCAAUUCUUGCAGGUUCCUCAGGGGGCCCAUAUGAUGAGCGCCCAAGACAACCGACCCUCCUCUCCUGCCCACACUGCCGAUACAGCGGGCUCGCCACAUGUAAAGGAGCGUCCGCAUCCGUCUCGGAUGUCUCCAUCCUCACACAGUGAUGCGCCUUCUCCUAGUUUAGUGUCCUCUAACCCGCAUUCUGCAGUGUCGUCGCCAGACCUGGCUAUGCAGAGCGCUCCGGAACUGCCGCUAAAGAAGAGGAGUCUAGCGGAGCAGGAGCUUGAUGAGCUCUCCUGUGCAGCAGAACAACUCACCCUCUCAAUGAAGCUCAGUCUGCCACCGCCGCAGUCCGAACACGACAAGCCCUAA